AUGGAGAAUGUGGUGGUCCGGGUGUUGGACCCUGAUCAGGAGCAGCAGGGCAGUGGCAGUGGCAGUGGCAGUGGCAGGGGCAGGUUUCUUCUACAUCGAAGUACGGCUGGAGUGCUGCCAAGAGGUUCUUCUGCAGAGGCAUCCAAAAGAUUCAAUAUUCACAAAAGGACAGCAGAGAGAAUUUGGCACAUCAGUAAGCAGCAGAUAGACAGAGGGGAACAUGUCAUGAUGCAAGACAAAGCAACAGGUUAUCAACACAAAGAUAAACUCAUGUUAGAUGAAGACAAGUUUAGAAACAUGUCCAUGCUUGAGAGAUCAACCAUAAGGAAGGUUGCUUCUAAGAUGGAAGUAAGCAAGACAGCAAUUGGUAGAUUUCUUAAGAGUAAUCAGUUGAAACCUCACACAAGUGCUAUCAAGCCUACACUUACUGAAACCAACAAAAUUGCAAGGAUGAAAUGGUGUCUUUCUCAUAUUCAGCCAACACUAGCUGAAGGUAAACUUCUUUACCAUUCAAUGCACAACAUUGUUCAUAUUGACGAGAAAUGGUUCUACAUGACAAAGACAUCAGAUAGAUACUACCUUUUGCCGGAUGAAGAUGUGCCAUACAAGUCCUGUAAGUCCAAGAGAUUCAUCACUAAAGUGAUGUUCAUGGCUACUGUCAGUAGGCCACUUUGUGGGCCUGAUGGAGAAAUCAUAUUCGAUGGUAAAAUAGGCUUAUUCCCAUUCACAGAACAAAUACUAGCCCAAAGAAGUUCAAAGAACAGGACAGAAGGGACACUUGAGACAAAGCCUAUUCAAUCAAUUACCAAGGAAGUCAUGACAGCUUGUCUCCUAAACCAGAUUAUACCAACAAUCAAGGCCAAAUGGCCAGCCAAUGCAAGCAAGAAGAUUUUCAUACAGCAAGAUAAUGCCAAACCUCACCUUAGAGCUGCUGAUCAACAGUUUGAGUCACUUGCUAGUACUGAUGGGGCAAUACAGUCACUUCAAGAUGAUAAGAUGGCCACAAGUGUAGAUGACUUGCUUAGGAAUGUGUUUACCUCAUUUGAAGAACUCUCACCACAGACUCUGAAUAGAGUAUUCAUCACAUUGCAAAGCUGUUUGACAGCAAUAUUACAAGUGCAAAAGAAGAAUGACUACAAGAUCCCUCAUUUAAACAAGGACAGAUUACACAGAACAGAGGGGCUGCCUUUACAACUUCAGGUUGAAGAGGGUUUGGUGAGAGAGAGCUUGGAGUACCUAAAGCUGCCUGAAAACAACACUGGGGACACAUAUGACAUAGGGCGGCUUAACCAUGCUUUAGGGUACUAG